ACUUUAUUAUUUUUAAAACUUAAAUGAAGUUAAAGAAUUAAAAAAAAAAAAAACAUGAACGGAACAUUAUGUAGCAACACCUCUUGUAAAGAUAAUAUAACGUUUACACUGCCUUCUGAUGUGAAAUAUAUGUUUGGAGUCGAUGUUUUGAUAUUAAUUAUCGCUUUAGUGUUUAAUAUAAUUGGCAUAUUAUUGCUUUUCACUCGAAAGCUGAAAAACUUAUCUCCACAAAACAUCUUUAUAAUGCACAUGAGUUUUGUAUCUAUUGUAAACAUCUUCAAUAACGCUGUCGCCAUGUAUUGGAAAUGCUAUAGUUUAAAAUACACUGAAGAUUUUAUUGCAGUCUAUUACUUUGCACACAUGGCAUACAUUAUUAAUCUAUGUUUACUAUCAUUAGAUCGAUUUAUGUUUGUAGCAUUCCCGUUAAAAUAUCAAUCAAAAAUGACAAAUUUUAUUGUUUUUUGUAGCCUUAUUUUUUUAUGGAUGUUUUCAAUGGCAUUUGGAUUUGCAAUUAAGUAUGGUGGGAUUUUUAAUAACUGGUUUAAUAGAAAUGCAGCAUACACUUAUAAUGGGUUCGUUGUAGCAUUAACAGUCUGCGUAUAUUUAUAUAUAAUAUUUAAAGUACGUUUUUCAUCGUUAAAAAAUGAUAAUCAAUUUGUGAAUAAAAAGACAAAGAAACUAUUUGUUAUGCCAUUUUUAAUCAUAACUUCGUUUUUUAUGUUUGUUUUUCUUCCACACCUAAUUGCUGUAUAUGUAAAAGUUAAAUCGAAAAACCUGUUAGUACUAGCAAUGAUUGGAGUCAAUCUAUUAAAUAAUGUAUCAGACCCCAUCAUUUAUAUAUAUCUUCAACCUGAUGCACGUAAAAAACUUGGAUUAUAUAAAAAAAUCAUUAAAACAUUUUUUACUUUUUAGAGGUUAAACUUUUUUAACCGUAAAAUAAAGACAAAAUUU